AAAAUCAAAAAUUUGGAAAUUCGAAAUUUGUUGAUACUGAGGUAAUGGCCUGUCAGGACGUGUCAAAAGCAGUUUUUGGAAUUGUGCUCCACUCUGCCAAAAAUGGAAUUGAUUAAACGGUUGGCUGAAACAUUCAAGUAAUUGUGUCUCCGAAAAGUAAAUGAUUAUCAGUUCGAAUAUCAAACGGCAUAAAUCCUUAUCAAAGCCCAGUUUUUAUGCGCCUCGCCGAAAUCGUAAAAUGGAUGGUGAUAAGAAACCAUGGGACCCCAGCCAGUUGAGAAAGUAUGAUUUAAAUUUAGAGGAAAUUCCGAGACUUCACUACAAAGACUCUAAAAUCGACGAAUUUAUCAAGGGAAAUAAGCCGGUGGUCAUAACUGAAUCUAAUGUCGUUAAGCCUGCGGUGCAACGAUGGAAUUUGGACUAUCUAGAGAGGAAUUUAGGUCAUUCGGGGCACACGGUUUUCGUGUCUCAAAAUCACAAAUUCAAGUAUUAUGAUGAGAAAAAAAUAUAUAACAGGGUUAGUAACUCCAAAGGGGUUGAAUUUACACCUCCAACGAAGAAGGUUGAGAUGAGAAUUGAAGACUUUAUGAAGAAGGUUAAGGAGUGGAAAAAGGGAGACGAAAGAUUAUACUUGCAACAAUCACUAACAACAACUGUUGGUAAUAACAUAGUUGAGGAUUUCGUUAAAUUUGACUGGGAUUACGUUAACGGCAAACAAACUAAACACAACUGGGGACCACUAACAUCAAAUUUAUUAUUUGUCGCAAUGGAGGGCAACCAAACACCUUGCCAUUACGACGAGCAAGAGAAUUUUUUUGCUCAAGUGCAAGGCUACAAACGAUGUAUUUUAUUCCCACCAAGUCAAUUUGAAUGUUUAUAUCCAUACCCAGUAUAUCAUCCGCACGAUAGGCAAAGUAUGGUUGAUUUCGAGCGUCCCGACUAUAGCAAGUUCCCCAAAUUUAAAAAUGUCAGGGGUUGUGAGGCUGUCGUAGGUCCUGGGGAUGUUUUGUAUAUACCUAUUUACUGGUGGCAUCAUAUUGAGUCGUUAUUAAGGGGAGGGCCAACUGUAACUGUUAAUUUUUGGUAUAAGGGUGGGCCAAGUACGCUUGAAUACCCUCUAAAAGAUCAUCAAAAAGUUUCAAUCACGAGAAACGUAGAAAAAAUGUUGUUAGAAGUGUUACAAGACCCUAAAGAAGUCGGACCAUUACUGAGAUCAAUGGUGCUUGGUAGGUAUACGGAAUAAAAUUUAUAUUUAAGGAUAAUUUUGUAUAUUUGCAAUUGUGUAGUUAGAGAAUUUAUUUACAUAAUGUGACUGAGAGAUUUUUGCCGAUAUUUUAAAAAUCACUACAUGUUUAAGCUUUUAUUUAACUGUGAUUGUAUUAGAACAAUUGUUAAGAAAUUUUGUAAAUUUUCUAAAUUAUAAUACGUAGUUAAGCUGUUAAAUCACUAAAUCAACAUCAAAGACUUAUUAAAAUAAGUUUCAAGCUUUAUUGUUUAUCUUAACAGGUUAACAGGUGUAGUAUUAUUACAUGCAAACUUAUCUGAAACUUAUUUUUUUAUAAAACUAAUUGUUUAUUGUUGCUAUUUUAAUGUAAAACAAAAACAAUAACAGUUUUAAUUUAAAGUGUGCAAGAACAAUAUUUUAUAACAAAUUAUUAUUUUUGAAAACAUUCUUUACAUACUUGACAAUUUAAAAAACAAAAAAAAAACGAUGUGUUAUCUUUAUUACUUCACAAGUGAUCAAUAUUAUUUUUAUAAAAUCAAAAUACCUGUUUUCUUA